AGUGAGGAGACGAACGACGAAGAAAGAGAGAGAGAGAGCGCCCGCCAAGUGUGGUCUGAGAUCUGAAACCCUAGCACGAUCUCCGGAAAAGGUAUCUGAAUUCCGAGCGAUACCGUCUUCGGGGAGCUUUGUCUGGUUUUGCUUGAGAGAUAUGGAUUCCGGUCGCUACGGUCUUCAGCAAGGAUGGGAUAAUAACAGCGCUCCGGAGGGUUAUGGUGCAGUUCACGAGCCAAACUUUCGGGUUGGUGGUUCAUAUGAUGAGAGGAGGUUUAUAGACGAAAGAUACUCAAGGGACAAUGUUUAUCCAAGAAACACAUUCCACCGUGAUGCCCUGGAUAGGGAUAACUACCCACCACCACCUCAUGCUGUUGGUGUUGGUAUAUGGCCACAUUCAAGAAGGAGAAGUUAUGAAGAUGAAUUUCCAGUUGAUAGGGAACCUAGGAGACAUGAUAAACAGUUCAUGGAUUCAUAUCAUGAGAUGGAUAACCUCCGUGAUCACGAGAUCGAUACAUUUCAGGAAUUUGAUAAAUUACGAGAUGGCUAUCACAGUGUUGACACCUAUCGUGAUCCUGGGUUUGAGAGGACUUCAAGGAUUGGGGGACGUGAUCGUGAUGAUUAUGCAUAUGAUGAUUUCGACUAUAGGUCCGGUAUUACCCAUAAGACCCGGGGGGACAGUCGUGAGAGAGAUUAUGACUAUGGUCCACAUAGUUAUGAUUCUGAUUAUGACAGAAGUAGUAGGAGAGAGGGCAGCUGGAGGCGUCGUGAAUCUCGUGACCGUGAGCGUGACAAGAAGUGCGUAAGUAGGGAAAGAGAAACAAGUCCAUAUAGAAGGCAUGAGCGUUCUAGAUCUCGGUCCCGAUCUCGUGGGCAUGAUGAUCGUCCCAGAUCAAGAUCACCUAGAAGUCGAAGCCAUGGCCGAAGUCAUCGAGAGGACAGCUAUGAUGAUGGACGGUAUGAGAGGACCGAUAAACGAAGAGACAGGGAUGAGAGACGCCAGAGAGAACAUCAUUCUGUGGCCCCAUCUGCAACUAUUGUUGUGAAGGGUCUUUCACAGAAGACUACUGAGGAAGAUCUAUACCAGAUCCUUGCUGAAUGGGGACCUCUUCGUCAUGUCCGUGUGAUCAAAGAACGUAAUUCCGGCAUUUCCCGUGGAUUUGCAUUUAUUGAUUUCCCUUCCGUGGGAGCAGCACGAAUUAUGAUGGACAAACUUGGGGACAAUGGGCAUGUCGUGGAUGGGAGGAAACUUUUUUUUGAGUACAGCAGCAAGCCGACUGGGGGUGCAGGUGGAUCUUUUGGCCAGGACAAUGCUGGGAAAUCUGGCCAUGCGAACCAUAAAAGCAUCACAGUGCCAUCUGAUUGGAUGUGUAUUAGCUGUGGAUAUGUUAAUUUUGCACGACGGACAUCCUGCUUUCAGUGUAAUGAGGCACGAACUGAGGAUGCUCCCGCAGCAGAUAUAUCUUUAUCCAAUCAAAUGACAGGAAAGAAAGGAUCAGAGGCUGGUCCUACUCAUGUUUUGGUUGUUCGUGGACUGGAUGAAAAUGCUGAUGAGGAAAUGCUUCGCUAUGAGUUUUCUAAACAUGCUCCUAUCAAGGAUCUUCGUCUUGUCAGAGACAAAUUCACUCAUGUUUCACGGGGAUUUGCGUUUGUGCAUUUCCAUUCGGUGGAAGAUGCUACAAAAGCUCUUGAAGCAACAAAUGGAACACCACUUGAAAGGAAUGGGCAGAUUUUAAGAGUAGCAUAUGCAAAAAGCAUUCUUGGUCCAGGAUCAGGCAUGUCGGGAACUUCACAGUCAAGCAGCUUGGCAGCUGCUGCAAUUGAGGCAGCAACAUUUGCUCAACAGUAUGAUGCUGUUGGAUGGGCACCAAAGGAAUAUAAUCCAGAUGACAAACAAUCCACGGGAGGGAAGGAGCAAAGUGGUGGGGACUUGAAACUACAAAAUGAUGGUUUGGCGCCACAAUCUGGUUUUGUAUGGGAUGAGGCAUCCGGUUACUACUACGACGCCUCUUCCGGGUUCUACUAUGACGGAAAUACAGGUCUUUAUUAUGACGGUAACAACGGGAUUUGGUAUUCUUAUGAUCACCAAACUCUGCAAUACAUCCCUUGCACUGAUCAGAAUGGCAUCAAAGAAUCUGCUAAUCAAUCUCAGCUUUCGAAGGCUUCAGAUGGUUCAAGUGUAAAAAAAGUAGUCAUCUCUGCACCGGCUACAACCUCAGCUGCAUCGCUACCCGAUGCAGUCCAGGCUGCUGCAACAGCAGCAAUAGCUGCAGAGAAAAAAGAAAAGGAAAAGUCCAAAGAGAUCAAGUUGGCUUCAAAGAGCAGUAUUUUGGCUAACAAGAAGAAAAUGAGUAAUGUAUUGACCAUGUGGAAACAGAGGAGUCAUGAAGGGCAAGUAACUCGUGUAGCUCUGGAUGAUAACCAGCAAAGUGCACCAGCCAUAGAUAGACCUGUUUCUUCUGUUCCAUCUACAAAGACAAAGUCUAAAAUUGAUGUGCCAACCAAAAAUGAGAAUACUAUGUUGACUUCAGGGGUUACUGCCACUGUUACUACUGCAGAUACUCUCAGUUUAGAGUCUUCAGUCAUGCCAAGGCCUGUGAGCAACAGUAUAGGGGGGACACUAAGGGGAGUGAUAAGGGGAUCUGGAAGAACUGUGGUUAAAUCAGAUACAUCCCUUUCAGCAUCUGGCGGAGUUUCCACACCUUCAACUUCUGCUGCAUUCAUAGCAGGUUCUUCUGCACCAACAGAUGCAGAUAUCUCUCCAGCUUUGACACCCUUCAGAACUGAUGCAUCUGCAUUAGGUUCUUAUACACCACCUGUGGGUGCUGGGAGUGGCAGGAGACGAUUUUCCGAAAUGCCAGCUUCUGCUCAUAAAGAACCUCAAACUGGAUACAGGGAUCGUGCUGCUGAAAGGAGGAGCUUGUAUGGCUCGUCAUCUUCUUUUGGAGAUGAUUUGCCUGAACAUGGUUUUGGGGAGUCAAGUCGAGACUUGGCAUUGAGGAAGGGUUCUUUUGAUUCAAUGCCUUUCCCCCCUGGUGUUGGUGGAGGACGUGCUACUGGAGAUGCUGCCAUUGACAGUUACGAGGUAAUUACAGCCGAUAAAGCUAUUGAUGAGAGCAAUGUGGGCAACAAGAUGCUUCGCAGCAUGGGCUGGCACGAAGGCUUGGGUUUAGGGAGAGAUGGGAGUGGAAUGGUAGAACCGGUGCAGGCUCAGAGUGUGGAAAGGAGAGCCGGACUUGGGAGUCAACAGAAGAAGUUAGAUCCUGCCCUCGAGGCUCAGGCUGGAGAUAGUUAUAAAACUCUCAUUCACAAGAAGGCACUGGCUAGGUUCCGGGAGAUGUCUUAGGUAAGAAGGUUAAAGAGAAGAGUUGAUCUUAUUCUAAUCAGGGAAGAUGAUUGGACUCUGGGAUGGGAGUGGAUUUGAUUCUUGCCCAUGCUUCACCUUCACAUUAGAGGUCUAGUGGGUGCUGUCCUCUCUUGUAAAAAAAAAAACAGCAGUUGUUAAACUUCCCAAUUUUUAACAGAAGUCUUUAGAAUCAACCUUCAAAAUCUAUCGGAGUAAUGGGAAAAUUAACGUGUUUCUCCAUGACUAAAUAGAGUAGGACCGGGACUGUGAGAACAGCGCUCAUUGAUCACAGGUUUCUAACCCACCAACAACUUGUGCCCAUUGACAUUGAUCACAGGGUUCAGUCUCUUCUUCUUGCAACUUGCUAGGGCUCUUGUGUUUUGGUGCGGUGUCAAUCAUCACUCGACAGACCUUCCCAAUAAUGUUGGCAUCCACGAAAUGGAGCCUUUCAGAUCGAGACUUGGGGACUCUGGCUGCAUCUCAACUGCGUCCAAGAAUGUGGAAGCUCUCAUGUAGCUUGACAUGCUUUGCUGAUCACCCAUUUCUUGUGACAUUGAAGUUUGCAAAGCAGUUUAGGGAGGACUCUCGUUUACUAUUAGAAGUCCUUUGUAUCAGAAGCAAGAUAAUGGUAUCUUCUCAAAGAAAGAAGCAAGAUAAUGGUCUAGUAAGGACUGGGAAGUAAGGGAGUUAACAAGAUAAUGCUGCAUCCCAUACAUUCGCUACCCUCCUUUCCACUUUUGAGCUGGAACAUUUGGGAUCCGCUCCCUUACUUUUGCCAUGUCCUUGCCCCAUAAUCUUGUCAACAUUUGCUGUAAAGAUUAAGGAGUGUUCUCUUCGAAUGUGAGUUAGAGUAAAACAUAUUACCCGACCGACGGAAAAGAACAUUUGUGUCGACUGAACUAGAAAAAUGUUUGGUCUUAUAUUUGUGGAGCUGACGGAAUUAGUGUUUUUUCAUGUGGAAUAUGUAGAAUGUAGUUAAAAGUAAUUCAUGCAUCUUGACACUAGUAUUAUUAGUGUUUGUAAAAUGGGACAAAUGAAUAUACCUUCACGCACCAUCAUGGCCAUGGGGGACACAGAAGCAGUGAAAUAUAUAGGUAAUCGAGAAGCCAAAAUGUUAGAUAUAU